AUGCGACGGAAGAGUGGAUGGUCCCUUCCCGCGCGACUCGACGGCACUUCAGCUCGCUGCCACACCCAUGAAGAUGCCGCUCUGCUCUCGUCACCCUCGCCUGUCCCCGACACCGUCGCCACCGUCAUCGUCAUCGGCAUCAUUGACAGCCCCAACAACAGCAACGCCAUCGUCCACACUCGCGGCACAGUUUUAAUACGUCUUCACCCUCACCCCUCGCUCAUUCUCUUCGUCGCUCUGGCCGGCCAGUUUUGUCUCGAUAACGGCACCAUGGCGGGGAAUCCUAUCGUCAAAAUCGAGCUUCCGGGUCGCUCCCUGACCAAGCCCUACACGACAGGGGAGACUAUCCGUGGAACUGUCAUUCUCGAAUCCCCCCAGACCAUCCCGUUCCGCCCGCUCCUGGUAUGGCUGAACAGUAGAGCUCGGACCAAGACGGCCAUGAGCAUCCAUCCAAUUGUCCGAACUUGGCAUGUACCCAUCCUGAGAGACCUCAUGGGGUGUGGCGUUUGGAAUCCAAUGCCAGGCGAAUUUUUCUCUGCCGGUGUAAGGUACACGUUGGAGUUUACUUACAUCAUCCCGCCACGACUGCCCAGGCCACAAUGCUACGGCCGUUGCAUGAAUCCCGUCGCCGCCGAACGGCACUGCCAGCUGCCUCCCUCCCUCGGAGACUGGUAUCUUAAGGACAUGUCCCCAAAGGGGGCUCAGAUCGGCUGGUUCAUUAGUGUGGACGAGGUUCAGGCAAACCCUGACCCGCUACUUCCUUCCACAAAGCUUGCGUGUCUGGCGGCGACUCCCGUCUACAUUCUGCCCUUUUGCGCAGAGGAUCCUCCCCGCAUCAUCGACGGACACAACGACAGGUAUAAGAUGUGCGAGACAACGACACUAAGGAGGCGUUUCAGAAUUCACAAGGGACCCAUCGGCACCCUGACGGCAACCGCAUUGCAGCCUCCCGCCCUCAUGAUUCACCCGGAUAGCCUCCGCGGCUCUCAGACAGUUGCCCAGAUCGACUUGUCAUUCUCGCCGAGUAAUCGGACAAACCCUUACCCGAAGAUCCAUUCACUUAAGAUUGAAAUCCAAUCUUCUACUUUCUACAGCAGCGAACCUAUGCAUUGUCUCCCAGACUUGAGCCAUGCCCAGCCUGCCUUGGGGACAGCCAACAUCCCCCUGGAGUACUCAACGUCGCGCACCAUUGCCACCGUGUUUCCUGAUGCACCACUUUGGCAAUGCAGCCAUUGCACCAAACCCUGGGACGCAGUAUGCUCCUCCUUGCCUUCAGGAUCCUCAUCUUCGUCCAGACCUGGCCCUAGUGAUCUGGGACCUGGCAAGGACGACGCGCCCACAGUCGGGGCAACCGAGGUGCCCGAGGCCGAAGAGCAACAGUCACGGGUAUCCACGAAAACAUCACUGUACGAGCUACCCGCACAUCUAUGCAAGGACCACUGGUAUCACGCGCAGCUCAAGACGUCAUUUGGGGUGAACGAUCGGUGGAGGACACUGUUUCUGCCGACUUUUUUUUCUUGUUCGAUUGCGCGAACGUACACGCUCAAGCUGACGCUGAGGGUCGGUCCAACGAACCAUAACAUGAAGUUUUUUGUACCCCUUCAGGUUGGCGUGAUGGGCAUUGGUCCAUAUGCGCACGCAAGCACGCCGAAUCCGCCGCUCGCAACUUACGAUUCCGCUACUGGGCACCGUGAGGUCCCCCACGCGGGUGUCGGCAGCAUAGGUGCGCAGCCACAGAGACAGGAGUGA